AUGUCCACCAAAAACCCCCAAAACCCAAAAGCCCUCCUCUUCGACAUCGGCGGCGUCUGCGUUGUCUCCCCCUUCCAAGCAAUCCUCAACUACGAAAUCGCCCACUCUAUCCCGCCAGGCUACGUCAACUACGCCAUCUCCCGCACCGCGCCCAACGGCGCAUGGCAGCGCCUCGAGCGCGGCGAGAUCCCGCUCGACGACGCCUUCUUCGCAGCCUGGGCCAAGGACCUAGCUAGCGAGAAGAGAUGGCGAGAGUUCUGGCUCCGGUCGCAAGCCGCCCAGCCGCUGAGCAAAGAACAGCCGCAAAAAGUGGGGUAUGAAGUCACCGACGCGGCCGCCGUGGCGUCAGGCGGCCAGAAGAAGCAGCUGGAUGUCCCGCCCGUGCCGCGCAUCGACACGAAAGCCAUGUUCUGGGAGAUGAUGCGGACGAGCCGCGCGCCGGAUCCGUGGAUGUUUCCUGCGCUGGUGCGGCUGCGGAACUCGAAAAAGUUCAUCUUGGGGGGGUUGAGUAAUACGGUCAUCUUCCCCGCUGGGAUUAGGGAUGAGAGGAAUGCGGUUUUUGAGAGUGGGUUGAGGUUUGAGGAGGGGGGCAAGGUGCGGAGAGUGGGUGCAGGCGAUAGGGAGGGGCCGCCAGAGGGGCAGGUGGACGGGGAAGAAAGUGAAAAGGAUGGGGGCAACACGCAGAUCCAAGCGAUGUUCGACGUCUUCGUUAGCAGUGCGCAUGUGGGGAUGAGGAAGCCUGAUCCGGCGAUAUAUAAGCUUGCGCUGGAGAAGCUGGAUGAGGCGGCGAAGGCAAAGGGGCUGGGUGGGUUGCAGCCGGGGGAUGUGUUGUUCAUUGAUGAUAUUGGGCAGAAUCUACGGACUGCGAGGGAGCUGGGGAUGCGGACGCUGAAGGUGGAAUUGGGUAAGGCGUGGAAGGCUGUUAGGAGUUUAGAGGAUAUUACUGGACUUGUACUGCUAGAGGCCGAGCCGAAGAUGGGAAAGCUGUAG